UAUAUAUUAUUCGUUAAUUAUAUAUCUAAAGGAAGGUAACACUAAAGAGGAAAAGAAGGUCAUCCAUAUAUCAUGGAGAUCGAGCGGGGUAACAAUAAUGAGCACAAAGGUUCAAGAUAUGCCGUUGCAUGUGCGGUAGUCACUUCCAUGAUAUCCAUUAUAUUUGGUUAUGAUACUGGUGUUAUGAGUGGGGCCCUGAUAUUCAUAAAGGAGGAGCUAGGAAUCAGCGACACCCAACAAGAAGUUCUAGCUGGCAUCUUAAACAUUUGUGCAUUGUUUGGUUCUUUAGUUGCAGGAAGAACCGCUGAUUACAUUGGUCGACGCUACACAAUCACCCUAGCCUCUAUUCUUUUCAUGGUUGGUUCAGUUCUCAUGGGAUAUGGUCCAAACUACGCAAUUUUAAUGACUGGAAGGUGUGUUGCGGGUAUUGGUGUCGGUUUUGCUCUUUUGAUAGCACCAGUUUAUGCCGCAGAAAUCUCCUCUACUAAAUCCCGAGGCUUUGUAACCUCCCUACCCGAGCUUUGUAUUGGCAUUGGAAUUUUACUUGGUUACAUAGUAAACUACUUGUUUGGGAAACUAAUUUUGAGGCUUGGAUGGAGAUUGAUGCUUGGUAUUGCAGCAGUUCCUUCACUUGCUUUGGCUUUGGGCAUUCUGGCAAUGCCAGAGUCUCCAAGGUGGUUGGUGAUGCAAGGCCAUUUGGGAAAAGCCAAGAAAGUUCUAUUACAAGUUUCAGACACAGAAGAAGAAGCUGAGCUUCGGUUGAAGGAUAUAAAGAGUGCUGCCGGCAUUGACGAGAAUUGCACUGAGGAAAUAGUUAAACUUCCUCAAAAGGACAAUGGUGAAGCGGUUUGGAAAGAGUUGAUUUUCAGGCCCUCUUAUUCUGUUCGGUGGAUGCUGAUUGCUGCUGUGGGGAUUCACUUUUUUGAGCAUGCAACUGGAAUUGAAGCUGUUAUGUUAUACAGUCAUAGAAUCUUUAAGAAAGCAGGUGUUACCAGCAAGGACAAGCUCUUGCUCACAACCAUUGGAGUAGGCCUUACAAAAGUCAUUUGCUUGAUAAUAGCCACUUUUUUUAUUGACAAAGUUGGGAGAAGACCCCUCUUGCUUGUAAGCGUUGGAGGAAUGGUUUGUAGCCUUGGGGUGUUAGGAUUCAGCUUGACCAUGGUGGAUACAUCCCACGAGGAACUCUUGUGGGCAUUAAUUCUUAGCAUUGUGGCCACUUAUAUCUAUGUUGCGUUUUUCAAUCUUGGGCUUGGACCUAUCACGUGGGUCUAUAGCUCUGAGAUUUUCCCUUUGAAGUUGAGGGCACAAGGAGCAAGUAUAGGAGUUGCAGUCAACAGACUCACCAAUGCUGCUAUUUCCAUGAGUUUUAUAUCAAUCUAUAAUGCAAUUACCAUAGGCGGGGCUUUUUUCAUGUUUGCUGGUAUAUCUGUUAUUGCUUGGGCGUUCUUCUACUUUUUCAUGCCAGAAACCAAAGGCGUGGCCUUGGAAGAGAUGGAGAUGCUUUUCAGCAAAAACAAGGGAAAUAAUGUAACUACUACAGAAAUCGACCUGAGGCAGAUUCUCUAGUGUGUGUUUUCUGAACUCUUUUUUUUAUCCGUUAAUGUUAGUUGAUAGUAUUUAUAAGUGAAAAAAAUUGAACCCACAAACAUUUCCUUCAU